AGGCGGGAGGAGGCCCGUGCCGCGGGGAGGCUCCCGCUCCGGCGGACAGUGGGUUAAGCGUCUCCGCGUGAACUUCCGGAUGUGACACAGGCCCGGCCCGGCGCUAGCAGAGGAGCCGCCGCCGCCCUCGGCCGUGAUCGGCUGGUCUCGGCCACUCGGAGAACCCGGCACCCGGCGGGGCCUCGGGGACCUCGGGGACCUCCCGCCGCGAUGAGCCCCCGGCCGUGACCGCCCGAGCCCAGGACGCGCGGCGCCGGCCCAUGGCCCGGAGGUACGAUGAUCUGCGUCACUACCCAGGCAUCACAGAGCCAACAUCAGCCCUGGCCGGCUUCUCAGAGGCAGUACCCCCAGCACCCCGAGCCUCCGGGCCCUACGGCCCGCCCCGGCCACCCCAGCUCUCAGGCUUGGACAGUGACGGCCUGAAGAGAGAGAAGGAUGAGAUCUACGGACACCCCCUCUUCCCACUGUUGGCUCUGGUCUUUGAGAAGUGUGAGCUGGCUACAUGCUCACCCCGUGAUGGAGCCUCGGCUGGGCUGGGCUCACCCCCUGGGGGUGAUGUCUGUUCCUCUGAUUCCUUCAACGAAGAUAUUGCGGCCUUUGCCAAGCAGAUCCGCUCAGAGAGGCCGCUCUUCUCCUCCAACCCGGAGCUGGACAACUUGAUGGUCCAGGCCAUCCAGGUACUCCGGUUCCACCUGCUGGAGCUGGAGAAGGUGAGGGCUUCUCCCUUACCCCUGCCCUACUCCCAUCCCCUCUCAUCUCUCUCCCUCCCCACUCCCCACCGGAGUGGAAGCAGAAAGCUGCCCCACCCCAUGCACCCAAGCCUUGGCUCCCCUGGGUGCCCCCCCAGUACCCCGCUGCCCCCCCAGGUCCACGACCUGUGCGACAACUUCUGUCACCGCUACAUCACCUGCCUCAAGGGGAAGAUGCCCAUAGACCUGGUGAUUGAGGAUCGGGAUGGCAGCUGCAGGGAGGACCUUGAGGACUACAUGGCCUCCUGCCCCAGCCUCCCAGACCAGAAUAAUACAUGGAUCAGAGAUCAUGAGGACAGCGGGUCUGUACACUUGGGGACCCCAGGCCCAUCCAGUGGAGGUCUAGCCUCCCAGAGUGGGGACAACUCCAGCGACCAAGGAGACGGGCUGGACACAAGCGUAGCCUCUCCCAGUUCUGGAGGGGAGGAUGAGGAUCUGGACCAGGAGCGACGGCGGAACAAGAAAAGAGGCAUAUUCCCCAAAGUGGCCACCAACAUCAUGAGGGCCUGGCUGUUCCAGCACCUUUCGCACCCUUACCCCUCGGAGGAGCAGAAGAAACAGCUGGCGCAGGACACCGGGCUCACCAUCCUUCAGGUGAACAAUUGGUUCAUUAAUGCCCGGAGACGCAUUGUGCAGCCCAUGAUUGACCAGUCCAACCGCACAGGCCAGGGUGCAUCUUUCAACCCUGAGGGCCAGGCCAUGGCAGGCUACACAGAGACUCAGCCUCAAGUGACAGUCAGGACACCAGGGAUGAGUCUGAACUUAGAAGGAGAGUGGCAUUACCUAUAGAAGCCAGGAUCAGGAGGAGGGCCUGCAGCCUCCAUACUGUGACCACCAGCCUCACACCUAAUUGGUCCCUGCUGGUCCCUGGGCUUCAGGACUCUGCCUCCAAAGCUUCCCACCCCCCACUCAACGCCUACCUCCCUGGGGCCCCUGGAGGCAGGGGAACCCAAGUGUCCACUUGAGGGUCUCUCAAGGGCAACGACAAGCCUCCAGGCCCUGCACCCCUCUUCUGUCAUCCCCUUCACCCAGGAUAUGAGCUGACAACUGGGCCAAGGUCUGCAGAAGAUGGUGGCUAGGGCCCCCAAUCAGAACAGAGAUGGGACUGGGGGUGGGAAAGGGUGGUCAAGGAAGGAGGGUCACCUGGAUCCAAAGUUUGGGAGAAGCCGCUCCAUCCUCCCACCCCAACAUCCUCCCACCCCACUUCCCCUUUGUCUUCGACAUUCUUCCACCUUUCUUUUUUUAAUGAUAAAAGUCUUAAAAACACAAAUCAG